CGAUAACUAUUUCCGGGCUUUCAUAGAGAGUGUGAGUGAGUGAGUGAGUGAGAGAGAGAGAGAGAGUUUCACUUUGCACUUUGGCUUUUGUGAUGGACCCCGACGCCUUCUCUGCCAGCUUAUUCAAGUGGGACCCUCGAGGAGGAGCCGCACCGCCGGCGAAUCGUCUCCUUGAAGCGGUGGCACAGGCCCCAGCCUACCCCACUAUACGACCGAGGGAGCUGGGAGGGCUGGAGGAUUUCUUCCAGGCCUAUGGUAUCCGAUACUACACGGCGGCCAAGAUAGCGGAGCUAGGGUUUACUGUAAGCACACUUUUGGACAUGAAAGACGAGGAGCUCGACGACAUGAUGACCAGCCUCUCACAGAUCUUCCGGUGGGAGCUUCUCGUCGGUGAGAGAUAUGGCAUCAAGGCCGCCGUUCGGGCCGAGCGGCGCCGCCUCGAAGAGGAUGAAACCCGGCGACGCCACCUUAUUGCAUUAGACACCACUAACGCACUUGACGCUCUAUCCCAAGAAGGGCUUUCGGAAGAACCGGUGCAACAAGAGAAGGAGGCGGUGGGGAGCGGCGGAGGAGCAGGCGGUGGGGGUACGUGGGAGGUGGCAGGCGCGGAAAGGAAGAAAAAUAAUCGUCGAAGGAAGACGCCGUCGAGAAGCGGGGACGAGGACGAAGAUGAUGAAGCAGCGGAGGAUGAGGAGGGUGGAGUUGGCGGUGGGGAGCGACAGCGAGAGCAUCCCUUCAUAGUAACGGAGCCCGGUGAGGUGGCUAGGGGCAAAAAGAACGGGCUUGAUUAUCUAUUCCAUCUGUAUGAGCAGUGUCGGGAGUUCUUGAUCCAGGUUCAGAACAUCGCCAAGGAGAGAGGCGAAAAGUGUCCUACCAAGGUGACGAACCAAGUGUUCAGGUAUGCAAAGAAGGCGGGGGCAAGCUACAUAAACAAGCCGAAGAUGCGACACUAUGUACACUGCUACGCGCUGCAUUGCCUGGAUGAAGAGGAGUCGAACACGCUGAGGAGAGCAUUCAAGGAGAGAGGGGAGAACGUGGGGGCGUGGAGGCAGGCGUGCUACAAGCCGUUGGUAUCAAUGGCAGCACGACAAGGAUGGGACAUCGACGCCAUCUUCAACUCUCACCCACGCCUUUCCAUCUGGUAUGUCCCCACCAAGCUCCGUCAACUCUGCCACGCCGAACGCAGCAACGCUGUUUCUGCUUCUGCCUGCUCUUCUUCUUGCGCUACCAUCGCUCCCCCCUCUACCUUCUAACCACUACCCACUCUACAUUUCCCUUUUAUAUAUUUAUUAUAUAAUUAUAUAUAGAGAGAGAGAGGGAGAGAGGGAGAGAGACUGAGAGAGCGAGAUAUGUUUCACUUCACGCUGUGUCGUCGUCGUCGUCGUCAUAUAUUAGAGCAUAAACUACUACUUCGUAUGAUAUGAUGGAUACUUGAUAUUUUACUUUGGUAUCGUAGUUAAGGAUGAUGAUUUAAAAUGCUUGUUUUAUGAUUAUCA